AUGGCCUCACGACCGCGGCGUUCUGCCGCCACAAAAGCAAACGAGUCUAUCUCUGUUCAUGCAAAAUGGGCUGACGCUAGUGAAAGAAGUGAGCGCAGUACGAUGACUUCCCGCCGAUCUGGCCGCACCUCUGGCGCAGGUGCUUCAAGAGACCUGCCAUCGUCCCCUGAUGAAAGCGUUACGGUAAAGACGACGUCCAGGUCGACUCGUGGUGCCAAUCGACGAAGUGAUCGUUUUGACGGAGGCGAGAUUGUCCAUGGUACUAGAAACCGUGGUGGCAGGAAAAAUUAUGUAAUCGACUCUAGCCCUGACGAGGAGGAGGAAGAAGAUGCUGAAGGUGAUGACGUUGAAGACGCAGAUGAAGAUGCCGAAGGAGAUAUGGAGGUUGAUGCCGAGGGCGACGAUAUUGAUGCAGAAGGAGAGGAAGAUGCAGAAGGAGAUAUUGAUAUGGAUGCACCGGUAGUCUCACGUACGAUUAGGGUAUCGCAACCCGCUCCUAGGUCUGCCGCCAAAGUCGCUGCCUCCAAGAUGGCCAUUGGCGAGGAUGAAGAGGACGAAGACGAAGACGAUGACGACGAGUUAAGUGACCCUGUAGACAGUGAUGAAGGUGAGCAGACAAUGGGAUUUGGUGAUGAGACAAUGGCCGACGAGGAUGCCGAGGGCGAAGAGAUAGAGGUUGCAGGGGAAGACGAAGAAGAGGAGGAGGAAGAAGAGGAAGACGAGGCGGAGGAAGGCGACGAAGAUGCUGAAGGCGAAGAGGUUGGCAAUGCUGAAGCCGAGAGUGAUGGAGGUACUCGGGAAGGCACCCCUGAUCUUACCAAAAUGACGAAGCGUCAGAGGGCCAGAUUUGAGGAAGAACCGCAGGAAUACAUGAAGUUGUCUGAUGAGGUUCAAGUGAAGAAGCACUUCACAGCAGAAGAGCUGUCCAUGAGGCGACAGGAAAUGGCUCGUCGCCGUCGCAACCUCAGUGAGAAGCGCAACGAGGAGGUCAAGAUGGAAACUAUCAACAAACUUCUCAAGAAGCAAGCGCCAAAGAUUAAUCGCAAGGCGGCCGCUGCAGCUGCCCGGGCCGACAGUCCUACAGAGGAAUUGUAUAGACCUGAUCCUACACUCAUACGCUGGGUAAACAGCAAGAAUGGGAGCAGAGUAUCGGUGCCCGCGGAUAUCAUGACCGGUCCAGCCGGCCAAGUCUUCUCGAAAGGUGGCGGUCUGGCAUCCGGGAAGAUGGUCGAAGAGGUAGCUUAG